GUCGGUUUGGUUCGGUUAUGAUGGGUAUGAAAAAUUGAUAACCAUAACCGACCUGUUACUUUCGGUUAAAAAAAAAAACAACUAAUUGACCUACCGGAUUUUGAUUUGGUUCGGUUUUAUCAGUUAAUUCGAUUAUGGGUCGGUUAAUUUGGUUUUUUCACACCCUCUUAAAAUCUUUGCCGAUGAAUCAUAACUGUCCAUUUUGUUAAUCAUCUUCCUCCUUUAACCCAUUUCUCACUACAGUCACCUGAUCAUAAACCCUAAUCACAUCCUAAUCACCAAGAAAAAUGCUGAUAUUUUCUUAACAACCGCCUCCAUCUUCAAAUUCCACAAACACCCUUAACUAAACAAUGAACAAACAACGAUCUUAUCCUCUUUAUCAUCAUCAUCCUUACCAAAUUCAGCAACUUUAUUCAUCUUGAACCGAAACCCACAAUCAUUAUGUCCGAUUUGGACGACAUUGACCUCAACCCAGAAGACUUUUUAUCAUCAGUCCCACUAAAAAAGGUCCCAUACGGCGACGUUUUCGAAGCCUCACGCGCCGGAGACGUUGACCGGCUGAAAUACUUAUUAGAGUCCGGUGUUAAUGUCAACGCACGUGACCAAUGGGACUCUGUGGCUCUAUACUAUGCUUGUUUAGCAGGGCAUCUUGAUGCAGCCAAGAUGUUGCUUGAAAGUGGUGCAAUUUGUUCAGAACAUACUUUUGAUGGUGACAGGUGUCAUUAUGCUGCUUUGAAUUUGAAGGUGAGGAAGCUUUUGAAGGCGUUUGAGGCGCGCCCGCCUCCGUUGGGGCCGUUGCAGGGGGCUUUGAGGGAAACUUUUCUUGGGUGUGUGGGGAAUAGAGGGUAUUUGGAGCAAUUGGAUGGGAAGUCACAGUUUGAAGGUAAUUUGUCUAACGGAGGAACCAGUCCCAGCUAUUUCCCUCCAGACGUUACAUUUUAUCUUCAUGGAAGACCAAUCGAAGCUCAUAGAGUAAUCUUGAGUGCCAGGUCACCCUACUUCAAGAAAAAGUUCGAAACCGAUUGGAGGGACCGUAAAGAAAUAAGAUUCUCGAGAGAAAAGUUAUCUUACCCUGCAUUUUACAGCCUUGUUCACUUCUUUUACUCCGAUAGACUCGAGAUCGCUGUUGAUGACAUGGAAGAUCUCGUUAGAAUAUGCAAAGUUUGUAAGUGCGAAUCAUUACAAAAGGUUAUAGAAAAAGAAGUGAGGCAUCAAAAGUACGCAGAUUAUAAAUCGUUACAAGAUAUCGAUAAUUCCCAGCGACGGUAUAUUUUACAGGGUAGUUCGUUACCUGAGGAAGAUCGUCUCCCCGCUGCCUUAUCGCGUGUUCUUCAAAUAUCUCUUAAUAAUUCGAUUCAAGAGGGAAAACAUGAAGAUGAUCUUGUGUCACGAUUUGGUUCGAUGAAAAUAAAUGGUUUUGAAUUUGAAGAUGAUCUUGCGGAUGUUAAUAUAAAAGUUGAUGAUAAAGUUUUUCGUUGUCAUCAAGUUAUUUUGGCUUCAAGAUCGGAAUACUUUAAAACUAGAUUAUCGCGUAUGGAGGAUUUUCUUGAAGGGAAAGAUGGGUUACCUGAUUACAAUCUUCCGCUUAUUAACGAACACGAUCUUAGCAUGGAAGCUUUUGAGAAGAUGAUAGAGUACAUGUACACUGACGGUUUGAAGGAUAUCAACCCUGAACAGGCUGAAGAAAUGUUUGAUGCUGCUUCAAGAUACUUAUUAUUUCCUCUUAAACGCGCGGUUGCUGAUGCUCUACUACCUCAUCUACAAAUGGUCCCUCCUUCACAAUUAUGCCACUGGUUGAUAUUAUCCGACAUGUACGGUGUUUUGAAGAUACGGGAAUAUUGUCUGGAUAUGAUAGCCUGCAACUUUGAGACAUUUGCAGAUACUAAGGAAUUCAGAGCGAUGCUUCUAACGCUGCCACCGCCAUCUGGUGAUUCAUCACUUCGUACCACUGUUCCAAAUGCUCCUGGAGCGGAAAUGAAGAUGACAGAAGGGAACGUUCUAGAUGAUUUGCGUGAAAAGUGGCUGGAAGUUGAAGCUGGAGAACUCGAUACAAGAGACGAAAGCGCGUUACUUUUUGAUAAACGCCUUGAGAUGCUUAUGUUGGUUGCACAACAAGAACAAUCUGUAGCUGAUAAUGAGUAAUUUUGUUUUUUAACAUGUUGAAAUAUUUUAGAACUUAUCAAUAA